AUGGCGUCGGCUCUUUUCUUCCUAGAUUUGAAGGGCAAGACCCUUCUAGCCCGAAACUAUCGCGGAGACAUUCCUAUGUCCGCCGUCGAGAAAUUCCCCAUCCUCCUCAGUGACGCCGAAGAAGAAAGCUCCGCUGUACCGCCGUGUUUCUCCCAUGAAGGAAUCAAUUACCUCUAUAUCCGUCACAGUAACCUCUACAUCCUCGCCUUGACAAAGAAAAACACCAAUGCGACCGAAAUCCUCCUUUUCCUCCACAAGAUCGUGGAGGUAUUCACAGAAUACUUCAAGGUCUUGGAGGAGGAGAGUAUUCGCGACAACUUUGUCAUUAUCUACGAAUUGCUCGAUGAGAUGAUGGAUUUUGGAUACCCACAAACUACGGAAAGCAAGAUCUUACAAGAGUACAUCACACAAGAAUCACACAAGCUGGAAGUGCAAGCCCGGCCACCCAUUGCAGUCACAAACGCAGUCUCCUGGCGAAGCGAAGGUAUCCGCUACCGCAAGAACGAAGUCUUCCUCGAUGUAGUCGAGUCGCUUAACCUCCUCGUAUCUGCCACUGGCAACGUGCUACGAUCGGAGAUUCUGGGUGCUGUGAAGAUGAAGUGUUAUCUGAGUGGUAUGCCAGAGCUGCGUCUCGGUUUGAACGACAAGGUCAUGUUUGAGACAACCGGCCGGGCCACGCGGGGGAAGGCUGUUGAGAUGGAGGAUGUCAAAUUCCACCAAUGUGUCCGACUGUCCCGAUUUGAGAAUGACCGCACAAUCAGCUUUAUCCCGCCGGACGGAGAGUUCGAGCUGAUGAGCUACCGCCUGAACACGCAAGUCAAGCCUCUUAUCUGGGUCGAGUGUGUCGUCGAGUCGCACUCCGGUUCCAGAAUGGAAUAUAUGUUGAAGGCCAAAGCCCAAUUCAAACGCCGCAGCACCGCCAACAACGUUGAAAUCGUUGUCCCAGUCCCUGACGACGCCGACUCUCCCCGCUUCCGUACAAACAUCGGCACAGUCCACUACGCUCCCGAGCAGUCUGCCAUUGUUUGGAAGAUCAAGCAAUUCGGCGGUGGCAAGGAGUUCCUCAUGCGCGCUGAGCUCGGCCUCCCUUCCGUCAAGGGCGACGACGAACUCGGUGGCGGUAUGACCGGUGGGUUUGGAGGUAGCAUGGGCGGAACAGCCCAGGGCAAAGCGAAGCGCCCGAUCAACGUCAAGUUCGAGAUUCCUUAUUUCACCACUAGCGGCAUCCAAGUAAGAUAUUUGAAGAUUACGGAACCUAAGUUACAAUACCCAUCCCUCCCGUGGGUCAGAUACAUCACGCAGUCUGGCGAUAUUGCCGUCCGUAUGCCUGAUGUACAAUGA